AUGAAGACUUUCACUGUUCCCGUCAUCUCAUCUCUUGUGGCCUCCGCCUACGCGGCGUCCCAUUCCAUCGAUGUUGGUGAAGACGGCCUUGUGUUCUCUCCGAACUCGACCACUGCCGCUGUUGGCGAUACAAUUACUUUCCACUACUACCCUCGUGCUCACGGCGUUGCUCGCAGUAGCUUCUCGAGCCCUUGCGCGGCCAUAGAUAAUGGCUUCAACUCUGGCUUCGUCAGAGUUGCAAGCGGAGAGUCGAACACGACGUUCACCAUCACCAUCAACAACACUGAUCCGAUCUGGUACUACUGUCCUCAAGGUGAUCAUUGUCAAGCUGGUAUGGUUGGUGUAAUCAAUCCUCCCUCUUCGGGGAACGAGAAUAUCGGUGCAUUUAUUGUUGCUGCAUCCACCGCUGGGACCAGUACCGUGCCUGGUGAAGUUUACGGUGGUGUUCUUGCCGUCGACGGUGCAUCUAGUGGUGCCGUGGCCGGAGGUUCUUCGUCUUCUGCCCAAUCAGCAAGCAGUGCGACCAUGUCCUCAGGUUCUUCUUCGCAGAUGUCUUCCAUGAUGUCGUCUUCAAGAGCUUCUUCCAGCAUGACUUCAUCCGCUUCUUCAGCUGCGGUCGCUGGUGGCUCUUCCAGUCGUGCCAUGACGUCAGGAACUGCUUCGCACAGUUCGGGCUCUGCGACUUCUAGAGCUGCAAGUGCAACGAGCAGUAUCGCUGUGUCUACAGGUGCAGCUGCUUCUCUUAAGACGAUUGGGCUGGCGAACAUUGGAAUGGGACUGUUGUUGAGUGGUUGGUACCUCUCGUAA